AACAGCAAAAAGAAUCAACUCAACAUGGAGAUCAAUCUCGAGACCAUCAUCUUCACCGCAGUCUUCGCCGCGCUGAUCACAUGGACCCUGGCGCAACCUGACAUGAUCAUCACUGCAAAUCCGACCAGAGUCUUGGAAGCUGAACAAGCCAAUGCUAUUCGCAAACAGACUCUCCGCUUCUACGCCCUUCCGAUUCUGGUCUUCCUCUUAGCCAUGGUGGCUGUUGGACUAUGGCAAUUCUGUACUUCGGUUCCGACCAUCGAUCCUUAUUAUGUUUCUCGACUGGGAAGGCACUAGGAGGGUUGAUGGAUGGACUUCUGGAUGUCUUGGUAUUAGGUUGGGGCUCAACUGGUGGGAAUCAAAUGGGGAAGGGCAAUAUGGGAACUGACCAAGGAGUCAUUCAUGGC